UGGGCCCCCCUCACUGGCGCGCGAAGCGCUCCAGCGGCGGCGCCAGAGGCGCCGCCAGGGGACACCAAGUGCCGAUCCAAGAUGUCCGCGAGGACCUCUGGAAGCUUACACUUAUGCCGUAUUCUGUUCCUCUAGGCUUGGGGGCCGCUGUCAAUGUUCCCGGAAUCGCAGGAGGAGCCGAGGGCAAGCUCGCCCCGUUUCUGCGACGAUAGCGACGGCAGCUACGACGUCGACGAGGUGGUCUUCCGUCCUGGCUGCGCUAUCCCGCAGCCCAUGCGGUACACCACGCGCGAUUGGUGGCACGUACUGCUCAGGUGGCCGCAGUCGAAGCUGUGGAAGCGGAUAGCCCCAGUGGUUCUCUCCUUCACUGGGUGGGCGUUCGUCGUCACGACGGCGAGCGAGUUCACCGGGGCGGUGAUGGAGUUGCCCCUAGCUGUGCACGGGCUGCUGGGUUCGGCCCUCGGCCUGCUGCUGGUCUACCGGACGAACUCUGCGAACAAUCGCUUCUGGGAGGGCCGCAAGAUGUGGGAGCGAACAGUGAGCGCAUCACGCGACGUGGCGGCCAUGAUAAACGCCCACGAGGGGCACGUCGGCCCGCGGAAGGUGCGCCGCAUCAGCGCGCUGCUCUCGGCCUUCGCGGUGACCCUCACGGAGUACGUGGUGGGCCCGAGGAAGACCAAGCACAUCCUGCCGCUCUGGCGCCUCGUCCCCAAGGACGAGUCCUUCAUCCGGGCGUCGUGCUGCCCCCCCGCCCGCGUCACGCAGCUCCUGCUCCAGGAGAUCACGCAGAUCCCGAACUCGGAGGACCUGCUCUUCACCAACAGGGAGCGCAGCGACAUGGGCAGCAAGGCGAGGGACCUCAUCCGCGUCGUCGGCCAGGGCGAGAAGCUGGUGCAGACGCCCAUCCCUCAGAGCUACGUCCGGCACACGACCCGCUUCCUGACGCUCUGGCUGGUGACGCUGCCGUUCGGCCUCUGCCGCACCCUCGGCUGGUAUACGCCCGCGGUGGUCUUGGCCGUGUCGUGGGCGCUGGUCGGCAUCAACGACCUCGGCCUUGGUAUCGAGCACCCCUUCGACGGGCCUCAGUCCCUGCGCAUGGCGGUCAUGUGCAACACCGUCCACGCCGCGGUGACGGAUUUCAUGCACGGUACCACCACGGACAGAUUCCGCGGCCUCGCUGCCGCCUUCCUCGACCGCGACCUGUGGUGCGACCGGCCAGACGCCGACGGCCCCAGCGAAGACAUGUUGGCCUCGGAGGUGCGUGCCUCCGACGCCAUCAUGGGCCGCACCGCGCUGCACCACGCAGCGUACAGCGGCGACUUCCAGCUGGUGCAGAGGCUGAUCCAGGCCGGGGCGGACAUCGACGCCGAGGACUCGUGGGACGGGUCGACGCCCCUGGACGUCGCCCGCGCCCGCAACAACACGCUGGCGGCGUGCCGCCUCCUCGACGCCGGCGCCAGG